AUGGUGCGGGUUGCCGAUCGCGGUCUUGUCCCUGGUAUCGAUUGUUUGAGCCACCUCCUCGCUUAUCCUCGGCAGCCGCAAGAAUACGCGGCCACCAAUCUACAGAACUAUGGCGGCCAGGAACAGCAGGAUGCUCUGCUACUUUCCCGAAAGCGCACGGUCUCGAAUACUUCUGCAAUGACUUCUGCCUCAUCAAUGAAGCGCGGUCGCCGGCGCCAUGAGCCAACGAUUACCGCUGCUCAAGCCCUCAUAAACGCAACCACAAAUAGCGUGGGCCAGCUGUCUUAUGCACCAACCGAUGUGGCUACGAUGGUUGGUCUCAAAAAUGAGGACAGACCUGCACACCAACCUCUUCAGUUGACAGUGAGUGGUGGUGGGGGAGGAGGAGGAGGAGAUGCAACUGGGCGAAGGGUUUCAGUGGCACCAACCCAGGUUGCCCCCACCCCGAUGACAAUGGGGUACGAGUCGCAGUCGGCCAUGGAUCGGAAUGACGCUUUGCUAACAGCACCUGAUGAGGAAUUGUGC